GAAAUUGAUUACGAUGGAGUUACUUUUUUUGACGAUGUAAAAACUUACCCUUCUUUAGUGGGGCCUUUGACAGUCACACCAAAAAUACAAGAAAGAAACUACGAUUCCAGAAGAAAAAAUGAAUUGGACGAUCGUAUUCGAAAAGAAACUGCUACCACUGCUACUACUGUUACCAGCAAGGUAGUGGUAAUACUUUCUUUUUGGAGAAGAUCCAAUAAGAAGAGUGG